UUACUUUCAAGUUUUGAGGACUACGUGUUUUGUUCAUGUGUCAUGUAACCAUGUCUUGCUCAUCAGCAGUCGUCAAUUGCAAAUGAGCAAUCGGGCUCCUUACAGUAGCAUACCAACUACAUCACAAACGGCGUUCGCUCAGCUACACAACCACACUUGCUCUUGCACCCCACAGUAGUCUGUGCCUAUCCCUCUACAGCAUGCCCCUACCUCUUGCACCUUUUCGAUGAGCUCCCACACCCCAGGCACGACAAACCACCCUUAUCCAGAAUUCUCAGACCCUCGGCAUGCCGACCCCCCAGCUUACUCUUCCGCCAACCCCUCACAUCGCCGCGUCCGCACAUACACCGCCCACGCCCUCAUCCUCUUCAACGUCUAUGGCCUGCCCCUCUCCUCGGGCUUAUGGCUCGAAUACUACUUCACCAGCGUCCACCCCUCCACCUCCCUCCUCGCGAUAUCAGCCAUCUUCGGCGCCCAGCUCGCUUGUCUCGGCUCUGCCGUCGGUCUAACAGUAUGGCUGUACCACCAAUGGCCGAAGGUUUGGCGGCUAUACAUGUUCGCCGGAGCACUCAGUGUAUGCGGUGCACAUGUCGGCCCGCUAAUCACUAAGGAGUUCUGGGUUCUGGUACUUUGCCAAGGCGCGCUUACAGGACUGGGACUUGGUUUCUUGGGGACAGUGUCUAUGCUCGUAUUGAGUACGCAUUACAAGUGCGACAUCGCCGUUGCAUCGACUCAAUGUGAUGCAGCGGGUUUCGCAGGCGCUGUCUUGUAUACGGUCUUGACUUGGGUGUGUCUGCGGGCUGAGAGUGUGAAGUUGGGGUAUGGAGCCACUCUCGUACUUUUCUCGUUUACGGUCUUACCCGCUACGUUCCUGGCACGACCUUGCGCUCUCGACAACUCCCAUGCCUAUCGAACUCCAAAACCGAGGAUCAAUGCAAAGCCACGGACAAAGUUGACUGCCUUCGUCACUACUGUUCUCCCAACCCUCCUCGUCGCUCCUGCCCUCCUACUUCCACCACUCUACCUCCCUCUCCUGCUCUGCGGCCAUCCUAGUCAGUACAAGUCAGAUAUCGGUCCAUACACCUUGUUCGUCCUCUUCGGCACCGCCAUACUCUCCUCCACUCUCGUUCCAAGACUCCCACCGAGCCGUCUUUUGCCCACGACUCUCUGCAUCACUGCCACGAUCUUGGCUGGUGUGGCGAUUGUACCGAUUAUCUGGAUGCCGAGGCUUGAUGUUGUGGUGCCUUGUGCUGCUGUUUAUGGUGCAGGUCUUGGUUGUGUGCUUACGUUGUGGGUCAGAAUGUUGACUUGGUACGGAUAUGCGGCGUGGAAAGCAGGGCCAGGCAGAUGCGCAUGCGUGGUUUCAGCUGUUGGUGGGCUGUGUGCUGGGGGUGGGCUCGUGGGCGCUGCUGCAGUUAUGGAGAGGUGGGAGAAGGGUGUGGAAAUAGUGUUGGGUGCUGCGAGUGGAUGUCUCGUAUUGGAAGGUGUUGUUGUGGGGGCCGUGUCUUUUGUCGGAUAUUGCAGAAUAAAAAAGGAAGGAAACAGUUCAUAGUAAUUGGCCUAAAGGAAGAGUGGGUGGAGCGGUUCCUGCCAUAUGCUGUUAGUACUAUCAUUGACGAAGCCGUGUUGCGCUGUGCUCUCCAUCGAUUCGCGGGUUUGAUAUUGGUGGGAUGACUGGAAAGAGGAAGCGGCAGAGUAUCGACGUUGCGAGGAGAACGAAGAUCUGAACCGAAGCCGAUGCUCGAUGCCAGAAAAGGGAGAAUAGAAAAACGAGGUAAAUCAAGUAAGCUCUAAAGGGUUGAUCUCAAUCCUCGCUGUCGUCAGAACAAUCGUGGACCCUGGAGAGUCUUGCUCAGCAUGUCAGCAUGAAGCGGGCGCCGAUCUUGACAAACGCCAGAAGACUCGUUGUCAGUCAAAAAGAACAUGGAGACAUGGCAGAGUCUGAUCAUAGUGUUUGGUGACUAUAAUCACUUCUGAGCAUGUACGUCCACCUACUGACUCUCAAGCCUGAUUCCAGCCUUAAGGAACUGCACAAGAUUG